GACCUCGAGCGCGGCGGCUGCUGGAGAGACGGCAGCAACCAGCCGUCCGACUACCUGCGGGAGACGCUCCCUGCCGUGGUCGACAACAUCGCCACGCUGCUCGGCGCCGCGCGCCAGUCGUCGGUCGAGUGCAUCUUCACGGUGAUCGAGAGCCUGACCGCCGACGGGCGAGACCGCAGCCUCGACUACAAGGUGUCCGGCUUCAACGUGCCUCGCGGCUCGGAGGACGCGCAGGUGCUGGCCGCCCUGCAGCCCGCCGCCGACGAGAUGGUGCUGCCAAAGUGCUCCUCCUCCGUCUUCAUCUCGACCAACCUGGCCUACAAGCUGCGCAACCUCGGCUGCGAGCAGGUGGUGCUCGUGGGCGGCCUCACCGACCAGUGCGUGGACUCCGCCAUAGGCUUCCUCGUCACGUGCGUCCCCGACUGCUGCUACACGCACUCGCGCGAGCGGCAGCUCGCGUCGCUGCGCCACAACCGCGGCUAUUGCAGGCAGGUG